AUGAUGGGCGGAAAACGCGAAAAAGUUUCAACAACUCCAUCAAAUGGUGCAAAUGAGAAUCCAGGCGAAUUUCAACCGGAGAUUCUAGUGAAAUUUGGGAAAUUGAAGCCCAAUACUAUCUUCCUAAUUGACAAAGUUUUGAAAAGGUCCCAGGAAUUGAAAGAAUUCUCCGAAUGCCAUCUAAAUGUCAAUCAAGACGAUAUCUUCGGCCCACGUACUUUAUCCAUAUGCACAUACUUUGAAGCUCUGACCAACAAUAUGUCACAGUUUGAAACAAAACUUGUACAGUUGGACAAAGAACAUACGGAAAUCAAUGAAAUAAAGCAAAAUGUUGGAAAGGUUCAAGAGCUUAUGGCACAAGGCAAGGAUUUGAUUAAAACCAAAAAAUAUAAUGAAGCUAUCGAAAUUCACAACAAAGCACUUGAGAUAAAAUUGACAAGUGAUUCAAUCGUAUAUGACGUAUUGUAUGAUCGAGCAUUGGCAAAUUCGAAAAUCGGAAAUUUCCACAACACAAUUGAUGAUUGCACUAGAAUACUUGAGGCAAAUCCAAUAAAAAGCAAUGCAUUGCUGUUACGUGCCCAGUGCUACGAUUUUCUUGACGAAUAUGAAAAUUGUAUGUUAGACUACAAGUCGCAUUGA